UUUAAACCCUUUACAAUGAAGAUUUGUGAGGUUAUUUGGAUUUUUUGUAAUUCUUUGAAAGACAUUGUCCUGAAUAAGGGACGUUUCUUUUUUGCUGAGUUUAUGUGUGUGUGUGUGUGUGUGUGUGUGUGUGUGUGUGUGUGUGUGUGUGAGUACGUGCGUGACCCUUUUUGCAUGAACUCUUUUGACUCAUCACACAUGCUGUUGCUACUGUUUAUUAUCUAUCCUGUUGCCUAGUUACUUUACCCUUACCUAUAUGUACCUAUCUACCUCAAUUACCCCCUACCCCUGCACAUCAACUUAGUACUGGUACCCAGUGUAAAUAGCCAAGUUAUCGUUACUCACUGUGUGUUUAUUCCUUCUGUUAAUAUUUUUCAAUAUUUUCUCUCUGCAUUGUUGGGAAGGGACCAUAUGUAAGCAUUUCACUGUUAGACUACACCUGUUGUUUACGAGGCACGUGACAAAUAACAUUUGAUUUUGUGUGUUUGUGUGUGUGUGUGUGUGUGCCAGCCAGUGGCCCAGUUCUGCCCAGUCGACCCAGGAGGCGCCUGUAGGGGUAGAAAAAUGUGGCAAGUUGCUGUGAAGGGGAAGCCUAUGUACCUACGACUAGACACACACACACACACAGCCCAGACAGACACAACCUAGACAGAACUUGAGACAGAGCAGUGUGAGGGACACUAAGUGUGACACACACCAAACUAUCUCACAGACAGCGACAUUAUCCAGUACCCUCACCUACUCGCAGCACAUCAAGGACGUCUUAUGCAACGUGGAGAUGAAUAGGGAGACAACAGAGAGGUAGGGGCAAGAAAGAUCAAUCCUUUUUCUGGUGUACGUACACUCACUAUGCUCCCCCUGCAACUCAGUGGCCUCAACAGGUAGCCUCCUGCAUUCACCACCCCCACUGUUUGUGCAGACAGAGCACAGGGAGGGCUCCGCAAGGCUGCUCUAAAUCGGAGUAACAGAUCCCAGACAGAGACUAACCUCCAGACUGACGAUAGUUAUGAGAGGGGCUGUCGAGUCGGGCUUCCCCCUGCUCGGAGUGGCCGUACUAGGCUUUCUCUGCUGCAUGCGAGGGGGUCAGACCCAGGAUGACUCGGGCUCUGGGAGGAUCCCAGGCACCAUGCCUCCCCACCUCAUCUUCAUCCUGGCGGAUGACCAGGGCUAUGGGGACGUGGGCUACCAUGGCUCGGACAUCCACACUCCGGUCCUGGACCAGCUGGCUGGAGAAGGGGUGAAGCUGGAGAACUACUAUGUCCAGCCGAUCUGCUCACCCUCACGCAGCCAGCUUAUGACCGGGCGGUACCAGAUUCACACGGGCCUCCAGCAUUCUAUCAUCCGGGCACGCCAGCCGCUGUGCCUGCCCCCGGAUGCGCCCACCCUGGCUGAGCGGCUGCAGGAAGCGGGCUACAGCACCCACAUGGUAGGAAAGUGGCACCUGGGCUUCUGCCGGCCGGGCUGCCUGCCCACGGGCCGCGGCUUCCAGAGCUUCCUGGGCUCCCUGACUGGCAGCGGUGACCACUUCUCCUACCAGAGCUGUGACCAGGCUGAGGCCUGCGGCUUCGACCUGCACGAUGGGGAGAGACCAGCCUGGGAGAUGAGCGGUAACUACUCCACAACGCUCUACAUAGAGAGGGUUAAGAAGAUCCUGAGGGCCCAUGACCCCCGGAAGCCCCUCUUCCUGUACCUGGCCCUCCAGGCAGUCCACACACCCCUCCAGGCACCAGACCACUUUCUGCAACGCUACAGUGCCCUGGACAACCGCCCGCGGCGACUCUACGCAGCCAUGGUGAGCUGUGUUGACGAGGGUGUGGGGGCGCUGGUGCAGGAGCUGAGGACUCGUGGCCUCUACCAGAACUCUGUCCUGGUCUACUCCUCAGACAAUGGGGGCCAGCCCCUCUCUGGGGGCUGCAACUGGCCCCUGCGUGGGGGGAAGGGCACGUACUGGGAGGGGGGAGUACGGGCGGUGGGUUUCGUCCACAGCCCACUCCUGAAGAGGAAAGGAACGGUGAGCAAGGCACUGAUCCAUGUUUCUGACUGGUACCCAACCCUGCUGUCUCUGGCGGGGGCACCGGAGAAGGACAGAGGCCAGCUGGACGGCCACAAUGUGUGGGGGGCCAUCAGCCAGGGGCUGCCUUGCCCCCGCACCGAGAUCCUGUUCAACAUCGACCCGGUAUCCCGACGGCCUGGGGAGGCAGACUCCAGGACCCUGGCCCUUAAUGGCUUUGGCAUCUGGGACACGGCAUUGCGGGCGGCAAUUCGGGCCGGGGACUGGAAGUUGCUGACGGGAAAUGUGGGUGAUGGGGACUGGGUGCCCCCUCAGACCCUGCCCGGGGGGCCCCAUCAGUGGCAGGGCAUGGAGAAACGUCGGGACCAGAGGGGGAAGUCUGUGUGGCUUUUCAACAUCACUGCUGACCCUUAUGAGAGGUCAGACCUAGCCGAUGCAAGGCCUGAGGUGGUCAAAAUACUGCUGGCCAGGCUGGCCGAGUACAACCAGACGGCCGUGCCGCCCCGAAACCCCCCCGAUGACCACAUGGCGGACCCCCAGCUCCAUGGGGGGGUGUGGACACCAUGGCUGGGUGAGCCAGGCAGCGAGGGGCCAGAGGGCAGCGGGGAGGGAGGGAAAGGGAAGGCAAAGAGUAGUAAAAUGAGGCACUGUAAGGUGUGCAAACUGAAAGCCCUCUUUAAGAAGGUGGGCUCCCGGAUGCAGAGGUCCUCUCUCUUCUUUUAGUCCACAGAGGGAGGGAAGGAGCACGUGGAUGUACGGGCAGGACUGACCGGCCUACAUGAGACUGGAUCUUAGUCACUGGCUGUCCCCUGGCCACUAAGUAGGGUGACUUUGUGCAACUGUGGGAUUGAUGUUGAGAGUGAUGUUUUGAUGUCUCAUCUGCCCAUGAACAGAAGGACACGAUCAGAAUGACACUCGGACACCCAGAGAGAUAUUUCUUUCAUUUGUUGUUUUGUUAUUUGUACGUGGUGAUAGAAUGGACCUUCUAGGCUACACACUGCUUAUCAAAUAUUUCUCUGUUCCCAAACCAACUCUAAACAACACCUCACUGCAUCAAAAUUCUAAAGUGGGUACUGGCCAGCAUAAGCUAAGCCAGAGAUACUGUGGCUGUUGUGCUGUUACAGUACAGUACACCUAUAGUUUAAGCCAUGUUCCAGACAUAUGUAGCUCAUACUGUAAGUAAGUGUGAUAUGCCAGCUGGCAAAUCCCAGACUGUGAAAUAAUGCAGAUGUAACUGGAUCAGACUGGAUCAGGGUGACACAGGUUUGGACAUGCAACAAUACAGAAGCCAGAUCAGAUCAGAUGUGAACCUUGCAUCUCUUGACUGUAAGCCAUUUGUGUAGAAAGGAAUGUGUGAUUAUGCAUGUACUGGAGAUAAUGUAGGCUAUGUUCAGCAAUCCUGCAGCAAUCCCACACACAGGACAGAGAAACACUCUUUAUUUCUCAUUUCCAUCAGUAUGACGGAGUGUGCACCAAGCUGCCUACUACUUCCCUGCCUCCUCCUCUCUAGCCAAGUCUCACCCUUCCCUCUUGUCCUCUCUCCCUAUCUUUCACUAAUUUCAUCUAAUUCUCUCUUGCUCCUUGCCUCUUUCCCACAGCAGUAGGAAACCUUUCUUCAUCCUCCUCCUCCUCUCUCUUCGUCAUCUUCUUCUCGUCUUCUUCCUCCUCAGUCUUUCUCGUUUCAUUCAGAGAUCAGGUCAGUUCACAAGUGAUAGGGAGGAUGAAUAUGUUUGUGAGAAAUGAGAACAGAUAUGAAGAGUUACAUAAACAGCAAGGAGGAGGAGGAGGAGAAGGAGGAAGGCUCCCUAGGGGGGCAGCAAGGCCAUUUGAAGCAUUCCUUGUCUUAUCUGUAUUCUCCUCAUUUGUGAAGAUGAACAUGUCAUAACAUUACCAGUAAGUGCCUAUGUAUAAUUUGAUGCUAACCAAAAUGUGUUCUGCCUUUUGCUGCUUUCCAUUUAUAAAUACUA